AGUGUGUGUGUCGGAUUGCUGCGGAGUAACUCGCCUCGUCUCCCCAUGCUUGCUUCUCGCUGCGGUAUUUCAUAGUUUCACGGAUUCGCGGAAUAGUUCGAAUGAGCGCAUCGAUUUUUUACCCCAAAUACGGAUUUCAACAUGACACUGAUUUUAGCCCAGAUUUGUUUAUACCUGGAAAUAUUACUUGUUCAUAUUUUGUUGUAUCAGUCAUCGUCCGCCCUUGGUACUUUAGAAAACGCUAAAGAGGAAGAUGCAAACGUUCGGGAAUUACAUGAUUCUUUUUACAGUGGAAGGAAUGUAUGGGAUAUAUCGCUGGAGUUUUUAAGUUUAAAUGCACGCCAGUCUAUUUCUGGAAACCAUGCUAGUCGCAUGGUGAGAUCAGUGAAUACAUCGAUUGAAACCGUUAAGAACAUACUAUCGUUUGAAUGUGGAAAUUCCGGGGGAAAAUCAUUUAAAUCUGAUAUACGAUUGAAAACUUCCGAACUAGAAAUUAUCGCUGUAGAUCUUUUCCAAACAGCGGUUGAUGCUGCUAUAGAAACGGCAAAUCUGAUAAACUCAAUGCAUAAGAACGGAGGCCAAACAGAAUGGCCAAAAUUCUAUGAGGUAGUAUUAGGUAACACUGUCGAAAAUAUCGACAGAUUUAAUCAUAAAAAGGAUAAUGAUAAUAAUAAUAAUAAUAUUGCUAAUAAUAAUAAUAAAAAAAAUAUAUUGCAAUUUUGUAUUGUUACUAAAUCUGAUACAGUCUGUGCAUAUGUUUCGAACGCUUCAUUUCACCAUCCAGAGAGCGAUAAUUUUUCAUGGUAUUAUGAAGAACUAGGAGAAAAAUAUGUAACGAAACACAACGAAUUUGAUAGUAAUGGAAGCAUUAUUGAGCCCAUUAACCGAACGACAUCUUAUCCACACGUUGUGAAAAGUGACGGCAAAUGGUCGGCGGAACCCUAUUUGGAUUGCUCCGUUAGUGGUCUAUGGAUAAUUACUUAUGCUGUUCCAUUCAUAUACGGGAAUACCACAUUCGGAGGAAGCUGGAGUCUCUCCGAAGUGCCUGUAAAUGUAGCCUUCUGUUUGAGUUUGAUCAAAUUAACGACUGUGCACUGCUGUGACGUUGAUUGUGUCUUCAUACCAGGCAACGGGUUUAUACUGGGGUCAUACAUGUGUAAGUGUAACUUAAGUGGAGAAAAUCUGACAGUGGACACGAAUAAUUCAGUAGAGUCAAGAUGCCGUGUUGUCGAGAACCGAAUGGAGUUCAGAACAUGCUUACUUGCCUUACAAAUGUUAUGCGUUGCGUAUGUACUGAUUCUCAUCAUAAUGGUUCGACGAUUCAGAAGGUUAAAGGUCCUAAAUUACGAUAGUCCGUGGAUGAUCAUCGUGGUUCUGAUUGGUGCCAUUUUGCUGUAUUCCGAGCUUAUACCUAUGUAUUUUGACAGUCCAUCAAAUAAGUUAUGCUUCUUACAACGUUGGCUUAGAGAAGUCGGAUAUGCUGUUACAUUCGGUACAUUGGUGCUUAAAGUAUACAGAAAGCUGGCCAUCUUCCAAACAAGAUCAGCUUCUCGAGUCCUAGUGCGAGAUAGAGAUCUUAUCAAGUGGAUUCUCGUCAUCAUAUUUGUGAUGUCGGGGUAUCUAGCAGUGUGGACCGUCUCAACGAUGGAGGAUACCAAAUAUUGUGGUUACCAAAUGGUGGUAAAUGGAAGCACCACUGACGGGAGGCAAUUCAGAACCUGUGACGUUGAAUGGUGGGACAGUGUAUUAGGGAUCAUUGAAUUUGCGUUCCUAAUGUUUGGAUUGUACUUGUGUUACCUUGUACGGAGUGCGCCCUCGGAAUUUAAUGAGAUCAAAUACGUAACCCUAGCUAUAUUUGAUGAGGCGUUCGUGUCGCUCAUUUUAUACAUAAUAAGGAAUACAUUAUUGGUUUUGGUCUACAAAUUACUACACGACGACCACUUUAGGGAGCGUAUGAACUCUCGCAUCAUAUAUGACGUCAAGUGUCAAGCAUCCGUUAAGAGGAAUCCUGGGACGGCGAACGACUACACGUUCGGCGCCGACGUCCGUGAAGAACUACGAAGGUUGUAUACACAACUUGAAAUUUACAAGACACAUUCGAUGAAGGAAAACAACCCACACAUUCCCUCCAAAAAACGAAGCGCGGGAAAGCGAUGGCGAGACACUCGCAAGUUAUCUCGAGGCCCUAGCCUACGUACACAGAGCUACCAUUCCGAAAGCGAAAUUGAGCGUUCGUCGGAUGUAGGAAAAAGCACAGAAAGCCUAUCUAAACCCUUAGAGAAUAUGUGUGAAGGUACAACUCGGAUGCACAGCCUCGACAGAGGGGAAACAAAUCGAAGAAAAUUUACGCUUGAUCGUAACGACCCGGCGGUGCGCAAAAAGAACAAUGUAACGUCGUCUUUGGACAAGGCAGACGCUUCCUUCAGUAAUAAUAGGACUUGCAAGUUAUGAACCCCUUCUCUUAAUUGAAAAAAAAAUAAUACGGAUGUUCAUUAUUACGUAUCCUUUUCUUAUACAAGGCAGCGCUAAAGUAACUGGAACAAAUGUGAAAACGAACAAGUAUUUCGAAGUCACAACCUCAUCGAAAUGUAAAUUAGUAGACUAUUCCAUAUAAUUAUUAACUUAGAAACUACCUUAAAUAAUCGUUGGUAAUAUAAGUUCAGGGUAUAAAUUCGUCAGAUUGUAUAUACUUAUAAGCCUACUAGCCAUUUUCCAAUUGCCUUGUAAUGACUGCAUCACAUUUCGGACUAUAUUUAUAGUAAAUUUAGGUGUAUAAAUAAUAAACUUUAUAUUUGUUGAAUGUAUGUGGUUCUAUUAAAUUGAAACCUUGUUUAGAUUAUAUUACAACAUGGCUGACUUUUAACUUCAUUACAUGUCAAUUGACAAGCUUCAUAUAAUGGAUAGGUGUAUAUGGAUUUGUAUAAACUAAUAUAUUGCAAAUUCGGAGCAGUUAUAUUCUUGAGUGAAAUGAAUUGAGUGAAAAUGCAGUGAAAAAUAUGUACAGUAUAUAUAGUUAUAUCAUUCUAUGGGAUUUUAUAAAUCAUUAAAAGUUUCAUGUUUACCUCCAAUGUACAACUACAUAUACAUAUAGAUAUAAUUUAUAAUGUGUAGAAUAUCGGUGAGUAAAGUGGAAAAAAGACAACAUUCUACUGGUGUUGAAGCCUUUAUUUUGGCGCAUGUCUGUUUGGAAAACACAACUACGUUUCCCACAUAACAUUACAUAUACAUAGCAGACGUUUUUUAACGAAAACGAAUACAAACAUUAUUUUCGUUAUUCGUUCCUACAAAUUUACACUGCACACAAUCAUGCAAUCUUGAUUUUGACAUGUGACAUGCAUGACAUUCAAAUUCUGAUAUCUAGUGGUGAUUCCAGCAGUGACCGAAGAACCAUACCAUAAAACCUUGAAUAGAAGCCCAAAGAGCUUAAUCUUGAGAAGUCAAGAUUUGAAGCCCCUCCCCACUCCACCCUUAGUUUGCAAAGUAGCCUAAAAAAGAAGCCCAUCUCGAAAAGAAGCCAGUGGGCUUCUUUUUAAGAUAGCAUGGGCUUCUUUUCGAGAUAGUACAGUACAUACACUGUACAUGAAAUUAAAAAAAA